GAUCGAACCGGCAACCUUGGUGUUAUGAGCCUAUGCUCUAACCAGCUGAGCUAACUGGCCGCCCCAGAAAGCGGUCUUUGAACUUGCCCCAACACGUGAGGCUUAGAAUAACUGGGAGACGGACUCAGGGCCGUGUGCCGGGCGUGGCGCCUGGGCAGGCCUCGGGGAGCUGCCACCAGCACUGGGACCUGGUCGGUCCUGUGUGGCUUUCCUGUCUGUCCAGCCUCAUUGGUUACAGCCCCGUGGAGCUUUCUCCACUGCAUUCUGUGGCUGGCGGACGUCUGAGGUCACGGGAGUGUGGCCCUGUGCACACGCCCCAGUGCAGACACCCAGAGCCUCCAGAACCUCCCGAACGGACAGAAGCAGGAGGCGGUGGCAGGGCUGGGAGGAAGCAGCAGCAGCGCAGUGCGCAGCAGCCCGUGCCGGAAGCUGGCGGGGGCUCUGGAUGGUUCUGGAAGGCCAGGGUGGGCCAGGCUCAUGUCCGAUUCCAGAAAGCAGCUUAAGAGCAAAGCGGAAACAAGAAAAGUGCCCAAGAUGUAUGCAGUGUGACACCAAGUUUGACUUUCUGACCAGAAAGCACCACUGCCGCCGAUGCGGGAAGUGCUUCUGCGACAAGUGCUGCAGCCAGAAGGUGGCACUGCCACGCAUGUGCUUUGUGGACCCGGUGCGGCAGUGUGGCCCGUGUGCCCUGGUGUCCCACAAGGAGUCCGAGUUCUACGACAAGCAGCUCAGAGUGCUCCUGGGCGGAGCCACCUUCCUUGUAACUUUUGGAAACUCAGAGAAAUCAGAAACAAUGGUUUGCCGUCUUUCCAACAACCAGAGGUACUUGCUCCUGGAUGGGGACAGCCGCCAUGAGAUCGAUUUCGCACACGUUUCGACCGUGCAGAUUCUCACAGAAGGCUUCCCCCCUGGAGAGAAAGACAUUCACACUUACACCAGCCUCCUGGGGAGCCAGCCCGCCUCUGAAGGAGGUAACGCGCGGGCCACAGGCAUGUCCCUGCAGUACACGGUGCCCGGGUCGGAAGGCAUGAGCCAGCUGAAGCUGACAGCCGGGGAGGAUGCACAUGCCAGCAGGAGGCAGGCGACAGCGUGGCUGGUGGCCAUGCACAAGGCCGCCAAGCUCCUCUACGAAUCUCGGGACCAGUAAGCACGCGUGGGCCGGCCCGUCAGCUACAGCUGCGCCCACACAGGCAGCUCAGCCACGUGCGCUGGGAAAUGCAAGUAUUGGGAGAAGCACGCGUGUUCGCUUACCUGGUCCAGUGUGCACGCCGUUGACUAACGCCCCCGACAGCUUCCUGCUUCAGCUGUGUCUUUUCUUGUUGAUACUUAACUGGGGGUGGGAGAGACUGAGCUACACUACUGCUAAACUGUUUUUAGCCUAAUCUAGACCAUGCUUUUAUGAGGCCGGGUUUAUGAGAAGGUUCUGCCCCUCGACAUCCGUUUCAUCAGUUCUUCCACAGAGAUGAUGUGGCGGUGGGGCCUCAGGCUGGGUCACCGCCAGUGGACGGACUCCUGUAGCCUGGCACUAAUCGGGGCCAAGGAACAACCUUUGCUGCUUCACUACGGGGGAGGAGCCCGCUUUCUCAUGUACUUUUCACUUUAUUAAAAUAAUUGUACAACAGUUUGUAUAUAAAGCUCGAUUAAAACCUAUUUUGAAAAUACUAA